AUGCCAGAAGUUGCAGAAGUCGCACACGUUUGUGCCCAAUUACGAAGAAAUAUUCUUGGCCAUAGAAUCAAAUCAGUCCUAGCAUCAAACGAUCCCCUCAUAUUCCCAUUCUUAAAGCUUUCCACUGAUCCCGAUAAAGAAUUGUCCACGUUUCAAAACGCAUUGACUGGCUGUUCAGUAUCUAGCAUUGGUCGACAUGGGAAAUACUUUUGGAUGAGAUUGCAACCUCGUGAUAAACUGAGUUUGGUGUUGUUGAUGCAUUUCGGAAUGACUGGGAUGGUCAAAUUACGAAACAUAAAUUCCCAUUUGAUUUUUAUGGAAAAUGGUGGUGAUAAGAAACGAUUAGACAAGUUGAAACAAACAGAAAAGGAACCAAGUGUUGCAGAUGAGGAAGUCACUUGGCCACCUAAAUUUACAAAAUUUGAAAUGACUUUCGAAGAUGGUGACAAUCAAGUGGAGUUUGCAUUUGUUGACCCGAGAAGACUUGCCCGGAUUCGACUUCUCACUGGAGAUUCCAUACAAAAUGACUUAGAUUUGCUAAACCACCCCCCUCUCGACGUGUUAGGACCCGAUUAUAGUAAACCGCGAGAACUACUUAAACAAGAGCAAUUCACAAUGGGAGACCCUGAUCCCGACAAUCAUGGUCGACCACGACUUACACUUGCAGAAUUUAACAAAUUGAUCUUGACCAAGAAAAAACCCAUCAAGAGUUUAUUACUAGAUCAAAAUUGUUUUGCUGGGGUGGGGAACUGGGUAGCUGAUGAAAUCUUAUUCAAUGCCCGCAUACAUCCUGCAGAAGUUAUAUCCAACAAAAUAGACAAUGUCACUACUAUCCAUCCAGUUAUAGAACGAUUAUAUGAAAAUCUUGUAUAUGUUUGUGAAACAGCAGUCAAAGUCGAAGGAAAUGUUGAUCAUUUCCCCAAGCACUGGCUUAUGCUUCAUAGAUGGGGCAAAUCAAGGAAAAAGGAAAAACCAAAAACUAACGACGGCUAUCUUUUAGAUUAUGUCACUGUUGGGGGAAGGACUAGUUGUUAUAGCCCCGAAUUGCAGAAAAUGUUGAAGCAAGAUCUGAAAAUAAAAGCUACAACUGACAAACAAAAGUUUCCCCAAGGUUCUUCAAAAGAAUGCUAUAUUUGGUCAUUGGGUAAUAUUUGA